CUCUGUCACGACGACAGGAAGAAGACCGACAAGAGGGGUCAUUAUUUCAUUCUCAGAAGCCGAGGAGAAGAAGGUGGCGCGGCGGAUUUCAUGGCGGAGAUUAAGACGGUGGGUGUGAUCGGCGCCGGCCAGAUGGGCGCCGGAAUAGCCUUUCUCGCCGCCGCAAACGGAUUUCAAGUCCGGCUCCAUGACAGUGCCCCAGAGGCUCUUGCCACAGCCCAGAGUUACGUCUCCAAUUCCAUCAACGCCCUCGUUUCCAAGGGAAAUCUCUCUCAGGCUGCAGGGAGUGAUGCUUGCCUGCUCCUCCAGUGUACUGCAAACUUAAAAGAUCUUUGUACUGCUGAUGUUAUCAUCGAAGCCAUUGUGGAAUCCGAGGAUGUGAAGAAGAAGUUGUUUUCUCAACUGGAUAAGAUUGCUAAAGUUUCAGCCAUUUUGGCAUCUAAUACUAGUUCCAUCUCCAUUACACGCCUAGCAUCUGCAACGAACAGGCCACAGCAGGUGAUUGGCAUGCAUUUUAUGAAUCCUCCUCCUGUAAUGAAACUGGUUGAGAUCAUUAGAGGUGCAGAGACAUCGGAUGAUACAUUUAGUACAACCAAAGCAUUGGCAGAGAGGUUUGGCAAGACAGUAAUCAGCUCUCAGGACUAUCCGGGCUUCAUUGUGAACCGCAUUCUGAUGCCAAUGAUAAAUGAAGCAUUUUACGCACUCUACACAGGAGUGGCCACCAGGGAGGAUAUUGAUGCCGGAAUGAGGCUGGGAACGAGGCAUCCAAUGGGUCCUCUAGAGCUUGCAGACUUUAUAGGGUUAGAUGUCUGCUUGUCGAUAAUGAGAGUUCUUCACACCGGCCUUGGGGACAGUAGAUACGCACCCUGCCCUCUUCUUGUGCAGCAUGUUGACGCCGGUCGCCUUGGAAGAAAGCGAGGCAUUGGCGUGUACAAAUAUAUCAAGGAAGCUGAGAAAACCAGACCAUCAGCUAAGCUUUGAUGACACAGUGUCACAAAUAGCCAGUGUCUUCAGCAAUCCAUGCCAGCAGUUGACUCUGUAAGAAGCUUAUUACUCUGUAAGCUCUCCCUUCCCCACAUGAUGUAGGCAUAUCAUCAUCUGUAUUUUCAUGGCUGUUGGUAGCUUAGACAAGCCAUGGGAACAACAUUUUACAGCUCCUUUGCCACACAACAUUAGGAUUGGUCAUAUGUACAUCUCAUAUAAUCUGCAGCCACUACUUUGCAGGACCAUAGCCCCGUGCAAAAUGUUCUUAUUUUUGGAUGAUCA